UUUCAUUCUUAAAUCGGCAACAUUACUUCAUUGAUCAUUGAGAAACUUACAUACAGAAACAUUGAAUAAAUAAAUCUUAAUUAAUUUUGUAAAACAAGAACAAUGUUUUCCUCACCAAUUCGUUGUCUGAUUCAUCCAUCAACCAUAUUAUCACCAUGUCAUCAAUUAUCACCAUCGACAUUACAUCUGUGUCGACGAUCCAAUUCAUGGUGGUCACACGUUGAAAUGGGUCCACCGGAUGCUAUUCUUGGCAUUACUGAAGCAUACAAACGUGAUACAAAUCCGAAAAAAGUUAAUCUUGGUGUCGGUGCCUAUCGUAAUGAUCUUGGUAAACCACAUGUAUUACCUAGUGUUAUAAAAGCCGAAGAAAAAUUGAGUGAAUUGAAUUUGGAUAAAGAAUAUUUACCGAUAUCUGGUCUCCCAGAUUUCACAGCAUCAGCUGCCAAAUUGGCAUUCGGUGAUAAAAGUCCUGUAAUCACUGAGAAAUUAAAUGCAACAGUUCAAGGAAUAUCCGGUACUGGGUCAUUAACGAUUGGCGCCUGUUUUCUUCGUGACUUUCAUCAAGGUCCAAAAGAUGUUUAUAUGCCAACACCUACAUGGGGCAAUCAUAUACCAUUAUUUAAACGUGCCAAUUUCAAUAUUAAACAAUAUCGAUAUUAUGAUCCAAAAACGUGUGGAUUUGAUUUUCCAGGUGCACUACAAGAUAUUGCAAAGAUACCGGAAAAAUCAGUCAUUUUAUUACAUGCAUGUGCACAUAAUCCUACCGGUGUUGAUCCAAAACUUGACCAAUGGAAAGAAAUGUCCAAUUUGAUCAAACAACGAAACCUGUUUCCAUUUUUCGAUAUGGCAUAUCAAGGUUUUGCUACUGGUGAUAUUGAUCGUGAUGCAUCAGCAUUACGUUUAUUCAUUCAGGAUGGCCAUCGUGUUUGUCUUUCACAAUCGUUUGCUAAAAAUAUGGGUCUUUAUGGGGAAAGAAUCGGUGCAUUCACCGUUGUUGGUUCAUCACAAGAAGAGGCUAGUCGUAUUAUGUCACAAAUCAAGAUUAUAAUUCGUCCAAUGUAUUCGAAUCCACCGUUGCACGGGGCACGUAUUGCAUCAAUGAUUCUUAAUGAUUCAUCAUUACGAACACAAUGGUUAAAAGAUGUUAAAGAGAUGGCACAACGUAUUAUAAUGAUGCGUGCAAAGUUACGUAAUGUAAUCGAAUCAGAAGGAUCGACACGAAAUUGGCAACAUAUAACCGAACAGAUUGGAAUGUUUUGUUUCACCGGUAUGGAUAAAUCACAAUGUGAACGUUUGACCAAAGAAUUCAGUGUUUAUCUAACAAUGGAUGGACGAAUUAGCGUUGCGGGGUUAUCAUCAUCGAAUGUUGAAUGGGUUGGUAAAGGAAUUCAUGCCGUUACUAAGUGAAAACUUACUGAUCAUCAUCAUCCAUUAUUAUUAUUAUCAUCGUCAUCAUCACCAUAAACAGUAACACAAUCAUUCGAAAAAGAAUAGAUAGACAAAAGAAAGAGGAAAAGAAUUCUUUUCAUAUUUUAAAAAAUAAUUUCCACAUAACUGAUAAUUUUAUUCGAGAAAGAAAGGAAGAAAAAAAUAAAAUCAAUUUUUACAAAUUCAAUUGAAUCGUCACUGUUUCAUAGAUGUUGUCUUGGUAUUUAUGUUAAAACUCUGAUGUUGUUGUCAUUCCAUAAUGUAAUCAUCGAUUUUCUCUUUAUACUACUACAACAAACAAUAAAUGCAAACAUUUGUUUUCUUCA